AGAUCGUGCCACUUGGGAUCCUGUGAGAAAGACACCAUGUUCAGUAAGUCCAUCAUUGCGGAAGAUAUGACAUUGAUCAUCAACAUCAUCAAAAAAGUGUUUGACGAUGAACAAAAUAAAUGAAAGAUGCAAGUUUUAGAAGGAAACAGACAGACAGUUAAAUCAACACGCCCGGAGUAUCGUCAGCAAGACAGCAUUAUGGACAAUGUUCGAUUAAGCGUAAUCAGCAAUGACAGGGAAACGGAUGGGAUUGAUCAGGUUCACAAAGGCGGCAUCGAAAGAAACAGGACAAUUCAUGAUGAUUGCGCACCAAGAUAUUGCAAUAGCAAAAUGGCCUUAGCCCUAUUUGUAUUUGCAUUUAGUAUUGGUAUUUUUGCCCUGAUGCUUUAUAGGGAAGGAUACUUUGAACCGAUAAUGAACAAAUUGAAAACGUCAAACAAAACACAACAUUGGGAUUUGCUUAAAAUUUACUUCCCUCAAACAAACAAUACCCUUUAUGAUUCAAAUAAUACUAGAACCCUUGACGUAGAAGAAGUAACAUCGUAUAAUAAAAUCAAGUACCCUCCAGUGGAACUGAUGAUAGUGUUUCUUGUAGUUUCCAUCUCUAUAUCAGUAUUUGUAAUGAUGUCAAGCACAGCCCGAUGUAUCGCACUUUUGACACUUCCCGGCCUUUCUACGUCUCGUGGGAAGGCCAUAUUAUGGACUGUCAUAUUAAAACUCCUGUUUUCAGGUCCACUCGCCAAUACAUUAGACAACGCAAAGAAAAUCCCCGAAGCUACUUCAUGUCAGGUUGAAAUGCUGACAAAGGAAGUCAAAGCAGUACAAUACGCUAUGUUUAUACGGGUACAAGAAUACAGCGAAGAAUUUGAAACAACCACAAACCGACUCUUUGGGUUUCAUAUCGAAGCAAUGAAAUCCUUUUCAAGUAUAUUAUUCAAACUUGCCAACAGUUUGAAAGCUUUUGCCAAAUUCAACCCAGAUCCACAGCUCGGUACGAUUAGGAAUGUAAGCAUAUUUUGGUCAGAUGUGAAUAACUACACCAAUGACAUUAAUGCUGUUCGCUUUCUUGAUCCUCCACAAGUUGAAGGAAUAGAAAAGCUUUCCGAUGUAGGCGAAAAACUUAAUGCAGAUUUUGAUGAAAAGACGGCCUUUCUUCAAAAAAUCAUAGGUGGACUCGGAAUUUUAGCGUAUGUAUCUAUUGUUGUUGUUCUUGGACAGGCAUGUUGCUAUUAUCGAGGAUACAAUCGACAUCUUCACUAUAGAAACAUCUACGUAACCAAGUCUUUUAAAAAGAAAGAUUCAAAAAGAAAGGCGAUGAGCAAAGAAACGUUAUUGCCGCUAAAAAGGAAAGAGCGAUCAGACUUAAUUGAUACGUCGUGUUGUAUAUCUCAACAGGAAAUCUACGGAAUGCUUCGGGAAAUCAUCAUUUUUACACCAUUUGCUGUAGCUGCAGCGUUUCUGUGUUUGAUUGACUAUGUUUUGUUCCGCAUAUUGGAGAUCAUACAAGCAGAGGCGAAUGUAACGAUGGUUAUAGAUGGCGCAAACGGUUUCCACAUCGAAUUGAAUGAUACUAGUCAAAAUAUUCGUCAGUUGUUUUAUCAGGAAGUCCCGAACCUUUUCGCGAGUAAUACAACUACCUUCAAUUACACCUUGGAGAUUAAAACGGAAGCAUGUCUACCAGAUCCCCUCCCUCCUUUCUACAGGGAUUCACAAAUGACAUGGUUAAUUAGUUGGUUUAUUGUCACCUUCAUCUUGACAAUUUUCAGUUCGUACGGAGCCCGACUUCAACAUACCAUAGCAGCCUGGUACAACCCGGACAGGGAGAAUGAGCGUAUUCACUACCUUUACCACCAUUUAAUGACCCAGCGGAAAACAUUUUUGCAGCUUUUACGGGGAAAGGUUAGAAGUGGCGCUAGCUCCGCUGGUGAUGAGUUUUAUUUUCGGAUGUGGCUUGCUGCAAAAAGUCCUUGCCUGAAGCGAAUUAUGCAAGCAUUUCAUGUACUAAAAGAGCAUGUGUGUGUAAACUGUGAGUCGGGGAAGAACGUCAAACUUGUAUGUGGAGACUGGUGCUGCCAGGCAUGCAUAGAUGAAUUUAAAGCUAGUCGCGUUGCUUGUUAAUUGUUCUACCAUGAAACUAUAGCUAAGUAAAGCUUUCUCUUUUAAUAUUUUCUCCAUCUUUGGAAAUGCCUUUACUAUAAUUGUAUUUAACAAAGUACAAUACUUAGUAUCUGUUGAAUAUUGAUCAAACGUCAAAAACAUGUCCGAUUGUUUAUGAGGAAAACCCUGUUGUUCAAAAACUAAAUUGAAUGUGAAUUACAAUUACAAUUCAAAAAACAUAUAGUUGACUGAACUCUAAUGAGUUUUAUAUAGAGAAUAUAUUCUUAAAAGAUAAUUAGAUACAGAUACAUACAUGUAGGUAACCUAUAAUCCAAACGUAAAAACUAUAAGGU